UAAAAUUUUAACAUUUGUCAGUCUGUUUCUGUCGUGAUCGUGUGCGUUUGAACUGAAUAUAAAUUAUUGUGCCUUUUAAGUAAUGGCCGAUAAUGAUCGUAUACCAAAUAUGAGAAAUAUUAUAAAGAUGUUUGAAGGACGGACAACUGUCGAGGAUGUUUGCACUGAGGAAUCGGCAACGGAUACCGAAAUAUCCGAAAGGGCAAAUGGCAGUGAAGGUGAGCAGAUAGUUGGAGGCAGCAACCCAGCGGCCGACUUUGAGGCUCUUAUUGAGCGUUUGGAGCGUGUGACUACACGGCUCGAGCGGCUCCCCGUGCUACGAGCUCGCCCACUCACACCUCCUCAGUCUCCGGCACUUCAACCGUCGGCACCUGAGUCGCCUAUCCCACAGUCGACGCCACCUCAGUUCCCAGAACCCCAGGCAUCAGCACCAACACCGCCACAAGAAGUAGAGCUCCCAGAGACGCCAGCGGUAGACAGCAUGAGUGUCAUCGGGUAUCAAGAUUUGAUGCAGGGCCCUUUGCGGACGUAUUUGGAGCUGUCUCAGCAGAUCGGCGGCGAUGUGGCCACUCACGCUAACCUUGUCAACGAGGCUUUCCAAGCGCAGCUUCGCUACAUUCAACUUGCUCAAUCACGAAGCAAACCAUCGCAAGCUGAGGAAGUUCAGCUAUUAGCGCCGACCAGCGAAAAGAUAUCUGCUAUCCAGCAGUUCCGAGAGAAGAAUAGAGUUUCUUCUUUCUUCAACCAUCUAUCGGCGAUAUCUGAGAGCAUCCCAGCUCUGGGCUGGGUGGCAGUGUCCCCAACUCCCGCUCCUUACGUCAAAGAGAUGAACGACGCCGGUCAGUUCUACACGAACCGAGUUCUCAAGGAGUGGAAGGAGAAGGACAAGAGACACGUGGAGUGGUGCCGCGCUUGGGUGCAGCUUCUCUCCGAUCUUCAGGCCUACGUCAAGCAGCAGCACACCACCGGACUUGUCUGGUCUGGCACUGGCGCCGGCGCUCCGCCCCCGCCCCCGCCCGGCGGCCUGCCCCCGCCGCCGCCCAUGCUGCCCGAGGCGGACUUUGCCAACCUCAGCGUCGACGACCGCAGCGCCCUCUUCGCUGAGAUCAACCAAGGCGAAGGCAUCACCAGCAACCUGCGCAAGGUGACAGCGGACAUGCAGACACACAAGAACCCGACGCUGCGCCAGGGUCCGGCGCCCUUCAAGGCGGCGCACUCCGCUCCCGCCCCCGCCCCCGCUCCCGCCAAACCUCUGCCUCAACCUGGCGCAGGAAAGCUCGACAAGCCGCCUGUCUUCAUGCGCGACGGCAAGAAGUGGCUUAUUGAAUAUCAAAAGGGCAACUCCAACUUGGUGGUGGAAAACGCUGAUAUGAACAAUGUGGUAUACAUGUACCGCUGCCGCGACUCUGCGCUCACCGUGCGCGGCAAGAUCAACGGAGUCGUACUCGACUCCUGCACCAAGUGUGCUGUCGUCUUCGACAACCUCGUCUCCAGCGUUGAGUUCGUCAACUGCCAGUCUGUUCAGAUGCAGGUGUUGGGCAAGGUGCCGACGAUCUCCAUCGACAAGACUGACGGCUGCCAGAUCUACCUGUCGCAGGACUCGCUCGACGUCGAGAUCGUCAGCUCCAAGUCCUCGGAGAUGAACGUUCUUGUGCCCAAAGCCAAUGGCGAUUACACGGAGCAUCCGAUUCCGGAGCAGUUCAAGACGGUGCUGAACAAGCCGCCGACCGGGCUCACCACCACGCCCGUUGAGAACAAGGGCUAAGCCCCCCACCGGCUACGCCCCCGCAGGCUAAGCCCCCACACCGGGAACCAAGCUCCAACACCUAACAUCGGAUCAUCAUUACAACAGCACGGUCUACAUUUAGAUUCGUUUACAUAACUCGAUCCAAACCAUCGUUUACAAACAACUUUACAUCACUCAAAUGUUUAAUAUCAAAAGAUUGUAAACUUAACGUGAACUAAGAUUACGCAAAUUAAAUAUUAUAAAAUAGUACGUUAUUUCAUGUCCUUAAUUAAUAGAUUUAGCGAAGCGUUUUCGAUUGUUUUACUAUAAUGAUUUCCUCUUUCAUAGACAAAUGCUGUAAGAUUUAAAUUAAAAUGUACUGUUUAGUUAUUUAUAUAUUUAUUCUAUUCGCUAUUUUAUAUCUAUAUUUUAUUAUUACAAUGAAAAAAUAGGACAAUUUGCGUAAUCUUAGAUAUUAGUAUUUGACGUUGUUUGUAUAAAAAGCACAAAAUAACAUAAACUGUAUAGGAUAAAGAAAUAAGUUUCCGGAUGUGUGAAACGAUUUAGUCCUCAAUAUUAAUUUGUUGCUCACUUCGCUCGAUCAUUAGCGUUUAAGAUAUAAAUCUAAAUAAUGACGUAGACAUAACUAUCAUUCAAGUAUUUAAUCGCCCUUCUAUUUAAUGUUCCUUCGUAUUAUUUCUAUUUAAAAAAAAUACAAUUUUUAACUAACAGAUACUGUAAUGAAAACAAAUAAACAAACACAAUAAAUUAUAAUGGAAUUUGUCUAAACAUGUUUGUUUGUGAUUUAGCAAUGUGAACACUGAAACAUCGGCCUGUCUAUAAUGUUUUGUCUAGCAAUGUGUCUAGUUCCGAUGUGUUUGCGAUACCGCUCGGUAUGUUAAGGAUAGCUUAAGAGUGUGACGUCACGAGUUUGAAACAAAACUCUUUGCAUUUUGUAAUUCUAUAUUAUUGGCUGUAAUAGAGUGAACUAUAAACCCCGAUUAACGUAACCGUAUUUGGGCGUAUUCUAGUUAUAAUUAAUUUUCUAUUUAUAAUAAUAUAAUUGUCUCAUUGUGAUUGUGUAUCCUUAAAUUACUGAAUCCGACUCUGUUUAUUCAUACAACUUGUAAUCCAUGUUUAUGUCGAAGCUAAUUAGUACGCUAUCUUACAUAUAGUAAUCAGUUUUCGUAACAAUAAUUUUUUUAUUAAUAACAACGUGACAUUAUUUAUUACGCCAUUCUUAUUUGAAGUUUAUAUUUUUUAAUUUAUUUGU